AACAGACCUCAGUGCAGGGUGAAGUAUAUAAGUGUAGCUACGCCGUGAAGUAACUAAGAGUGCGUAGUGAAGUAUAGAAGUGUGAAGAAGUACCAAGGAGGACAUAAGAAGCGGAACAGCCCAAAAGAAGAAGAAGAAGAAGCAGUGCCAGGACCCGUCAGCCAGAGGGGGUGCCAGUGCGGUAUUUGGGUGCCACGGUGACGGGAGGCUCGUCGGUGUCUCUCCGGUAGCUAAUAGCAAAUGUGGAGUACAGGAAGAGGAUGAUAGAGAGCGAGGAGAUGGAGAACGCAGGACGAGGAGGAGCAGGAGGGGAGAAGGAGCAGGGAAGGGAGGAAGAUGGAAGGGAUGAGCCAUCAGCGAACAACUACACAGGACCAUAUGCCACACCCAAUGGCCUUCCAACCCCUGACCCAUCACUCCUUAGGAAUGGUCCGGUGCAUGACUGGAAGAGUGAAAAGACAACUGAGAAGGACUUUUUUGAUGAUGGCACAAUGACCUAUUUUUGGCGGGCGCACACACUGACAACUUUGGUAUUCAUGAUUUGCUUCCUACUCUACGAGGCGUUAAGUCCUCCUGAUGAGGAUAUAAUCGACAAUACUAAGAGGGGUAUAGUAGCCAGUCUGUCUGCCUUCAUCCUGUUAGGAGUAACAGUCACUCCUGAUGGCCCAUUCAAGCGACCCCACCCAGCCAUCUGGCGGCUCACUUUUAUCAUCUCCAUUGUCUACGAACUUGGUCUUAUAUUUGUUCUUUACCAGGUGAGUGCCCUAAACACUAAGAGGGUACACAUGCCUGUGAUGGAAGGUCGUACAUUGUUACUACAGAUCUGCAACUGGAGUGCCUCGGGGGCACGACAGCUGCUCAAGCACAUUGACCCCAAGCUAGGCGAGCCCAUGGAGGAGAAGGACUACGGGGGGAACUGUCGCCUCUAUGAUCAUGAGAGACCCGAUGACCCCUUCCAUAAUAUUAAGGACAAGACGGACCUUUUUGUGCCGCUCCACUUCUUCGGCUGGUGGAUGAAGACGCUGCUGUUGCGUGACUGGUGGCUCUGUUGGGUGAUAUCUGUCAUGUUUGAGCUCCUCGAGUACACGUUGGAGCACCAGCUACCCAAUUUUUCUGAGUGCUGGUGGGAUCAUUGGAUAAUGGAUGCCCUAGUGUGUAAUGGCCUGGGUAUCUACUGUGGCCUUCAGUCUCUAAAGUAUUUCUCCAUGAAGACUUACCACUGGCGAGGACUCUGGAACAUUCCCUCAUACAGAGGCAAGCUGAGGCGCAUCCUAGGCCAGUUUGGUCCCUACGUGUGGGUGGACUAUGAUUGGAAGCCUCUGUCUUCUCUUGGUCGGUGGUUCUCCGUGCUAGGCCUUAUUGCUAUAUUCCUGCUUGCAGAGCUGAACACAUUUUACCUCAAGUUUGUGUUGUGGGUGGAGCCGGGUCACUGGGUUAACCUGGUACGUCUUAUUUUCAUCCUUCCCUGGGGAGCUGUGGCCCUCAGGGAGGUGUUCCAGUUUCUCGAUGACCCUGACUUCACAAAGUUUGGUCGGCAGUCUUGGCUCUUUCUGUCAAUUGUGUGCACAGAACUGCUCAUUGUGAUCAAGUUUGGCUGGGACACUGUAACCAUUCCAUUUCCAAGACAUGUCAUCUCAAUGUGGGUAGGAUUCGUGGUGUUGCUGGUAUUGUGGACAAUAUGGAACUUUUACAUUGACCCUCACACCUUCAAGGUGGACAGCAAGGACAUUGAGCGGCGACGGGAACACUGGAGCCAAGUGCGAGCCAUUGAGACAAAGCUCAGCCCUUCAGAGUCAAGAAUAUUUGACCCACAGUUGUUCUUUGAAAGGCUAAUUCAGAGGACUAAAAGAGAUUAAUAUUUUUAAAA